AUGGCAGGCAACUGCGUAGUAGAUUUCGACCCGUAUGAAAUGCUCAAUUUGAAACCGGGAUGCACGGAUACGCAAAUUGUGAAAGCAUUCAGGAAAGCUGCACUAAAAUGGCAUCCCGACAAAAAUCCUGAUCGUAAGCAAGAAGCACAGGAAAUGUUCUUGAAGAUAUCUAAGGCUUUUGAGUUAUUAUCGGAUGCGGCUGCUCGAACUGCUUAUGACCAUGUAUUGGCUGCUAGAACAGCAUAUACUGUUUAUGUACAGAGAAGGCAAAAGAAUGAGGGCGAGAAACGACGAAAAUUACGUGAGGAGCUUGAAAAGCGUGAGGCAAAUGUAUUAAACGCUCAGCAAAAUGAAGAAAAGGCUAAGAGGGAGCUUGAAAAAGAGAUUCAGCGUCUACGAAAGGAAGGUUCUAAAUUACUACAGCGUGAAAGAGAAAAUAUCGAACAAGAAAUUCGUAAAAAUGCAGUUAUGAAAGAGCAAAGCUGUGAUAAGCGAUUCCUAGCUCGUUACAAAUUAAGAUGGAAACGGGAAAGUGAUCUGUGUAAUUAUGAUGAAGAUCAUUUCAGAAAAUUAUUCUCUAAGUAUGGACACGUUUCUGAUGUAAUUGUUUCAAGCGGUAGCAAAGGCAUGGCAAUUUUGGAGUUUGACGAAUUAUUGGAUGUAGAUGGAGUUGAAAAAGAAAUUGGAAAACCAGAUGUUCCGAUUACUGUGACAUGUUUGCUAAAACCACCUACUCUCGAAGUGCAGUCAAAUAGACCAAUGGAACGGCCUAUGACAUCGGUUGAAUUCGCUGAUUUUGAGGCUGAAGUUUUAACGACAAUAAUGGCGGGAUCAAAGCGGGGAGCUGAUAAUGGAAAAAGCAAGUUUGAUAAUCUGUGA